UGGGUUGUUAAUCGUCCUACACGGCGAUUGGAUGGUAAAUUGCGAGAAAUUGAUGAAAAAGCAGUUGGCUAUCUCAAGAGGGACUACUUGGUAUUAAACUCGUGGCUACAAUGAAGCUCUGGAUUAUAUACCAUCUAAUACUGCUUAUUGUUGUUAAUGCUCAAAAGAGGCUCUACAAACCUGGGAAUAUCACAAUUGGAGUGCUACUACCACUUCACUUGCACGCUUCUAUAGAUACUUGUGGGGAAUUCUACUCUUUUGGACUCGGUUACAUCGAAGCAAUCUCGUAUGCCAUCUCUCAGAUAAACAACGACUCUAAGCUGCUGAAUGGAGUGACGUUAGGCGUUGAUGUUUGGGAUUACUGCGACUCGCCUGUCUUGGCCGUCUCGGGAGCACACAGCAUUGGAACAAACAACUUUCUAAAUGAUCUUCUGAGCGCGCAGCAGAGCAAGUCAAGCGCUUUUUCGCUGGAGACACAAGUGAGUUUAAUAGCGAAUAUCACAUCUCCAAUAGCGGCAGUCAUUGGAACUGAAGACUCUAGCAGCACAAGCUUGGUAUCUAGUCUUCUUCAGGUUGUUGGAAUUACAACCGUUAGCCCGUUUGCGACCAGCGAAGAACUAAGCUCACCUUACUACAGUACAUUCUUCCGCACCAUUCCCCCUGAUGGUCAGCAGGCUAAAGCCAUGGUCGACCUAAUCGAGCAAUUCCGGUGGCAAUACGUGGCCGCUGUUGCUGUUGACCACUCAUAUGGCCGCUAUGGGGUACGUGCCUUGGAACGAGAGUCUUACGACCGGAAGUCGUUCUGCAUUGCCAUGGUGGAAUACUUCACGCGCUCAGGGUAUAAAGGUCAACUUAAAACUAUCGUUGAAAAGCUAAAACGUGAGUCCAACAUCCAAGUCAUUGUUCUCUGGAGUAAUUAUGAGCCAGCGAGACGAUUUCUMGAGGAGGCUUCCGCUCAGCGGUUGUUUGGUCGCACGUUUCUGGUGAGUGAAGCGGUUGCUACAAUCGGUAAAGAUGUGCUUGAGAGGCACGCAGCGGUGCUUGGGAAUUCUUUAGGGAUUUURCCWCACCAAUACGAAGACAAAGGAUUCAUAAAUCAUCUCAUGAAGGUGUCUCCUGCCAUGACAAAGGACAAUCCGUGKUGGAAGGAAUUCUGGGAGUCCGAAUUUAAUUGCACUACCGCUGACCAUCAUAAUCGGCUCAAGUCAUGUGACUCAAACCUGAAGCUUGGACAGCGGUACGAAAAGCUUUACAACUCCUUUAUUCCAUAUUUGUCUGAUGCGGUGUAUGCAGUCGCRCAUGCGCUGAACUUGAUGAUUAAGUGCAAAGUACACGAUCCCACACGUGAGAACUGUUUAGAGUUGUUAAAGCCACGUGACUUGGCCGCAUAUAUGAAAAACGURUCUUUCCGAGGUCUGACGGGUAAAGUGGUSUUCAAUGACGAGGGGAACCCUGUKGAYUCGUUCUACGACAUCGUCAACUUCAAGUAUCUUAACAACAAGUAUAAUAUCGUUCCCGUUGGAUUCUGGGAAGGRAGYGGGAACUUUAAGAAUCUUACCAUAAAUCAGUCCUCGAUUCGGUGGAACACCAAAGACAAYAUCGUMCCYGAGUCCGCGUGCAGUAAAACYUGUCCAGCGGGUUUCAAACAAACUGAUACUGUYGCUUGUUGUUGGGAGUGCCUCARAUGUCCAGACGGCUUCGUYAGCACACUUCCRGGUUCACGYAACUGUACGAAAUGCCACGAAGAACAGAAGUCGAAUGGCAAAAACACUAAAUGCGUUAGUCUUCCUAUUAUUAACAUCAAAUGGGACGAGCCUAUGGCUGCUAUAUCGGUUACGUUAAGCGCUCUAGGUAUCGUUGGGACAUUCUUUGCAAUGGGAGUGUUCUUCUUGAACAGAGACACCCCCAUUGUGAAGGCUUCUAAUCGUGAACUUAGUCUUGUGUUGCUUGUGCUUGUACUUAUGUGUUUCUUGUUGACGUUUCUUCAUAUWAGUCUUCCAAACGAUGCCYUAUGCCUGGUGAUUCAACCAUGGAGAUACAUCACGUGYACUUACAUAGUCUCUAUUCUCUACCUCAAGACGAACAGGCUMGUCAGCGCMUUUCAAACUACCAUGGUCCCUUCGUGGUUCAAGAAGUUCGUCCUCCAUCGCAACAGACAGCACGCUGUGGCUUUUCUGUUGAACAUMAUACAGAUUAUCUUUACGAUAAUAUGGCUCAUCYUGGACCCACCAUACAUGUACAAAGAUAUCAAGCCCCAMAAGCAMRUCUUUCUGACAUGCCGGCUUGGUAAAACGCCCGUGGGCCACGCCCUACAAGCUUCGAUGUUCACCUACCUAAUCUUCCUAUCCGGUCUUUGCUCKUUGUAUGCGUUCAAAGCCCGUAGACUCCCGGAGAACUUCAACGAAGCAAAGUUYAUUGGUUUUGCGAUUUAUAUUCUGUUGUUAUCGUGGGUUGUGUAUUACCCGGUGGAUUCCACGCUUGAGGGGUCGUAUAUUACRUUUGUUGCUUGYGUYACUGCGUUGUUAACUGCGUAYGGGCUUYUAGGMUGUCUUUUUCUGCCUAAAGUCUACGUUAUGCUUGCGUAUCCGGAGAAAAACACUGUAGAUUUUGUCAAGGCAGAGGUUGGGAAUUUUUCUAAAAGUUUUCGUAACGCCUCUGAGUCGAUAAAUGUCGCCAGGGCCAACAGGAUAAGUCCRACAGAAGUGGGGACGUCUUCUUGAGCGGCUACCUAUCGGGCAUUAACCUACCGAGGAAGUUCCCAAAACACUGAUUUCCUCAUCCUAUGGAUUGUAAAAGUCUACUAUUCUACUACCGGGGAAAUGUCUCCCGGGUACUAACCGGUGGAAAGACUCUUGUCACCGCGGAGAAGCGAAACGAUUUUUAAAACGCAUGGAGUUUAAAAGUACAGAAUAUAUCGUAUAUAAGAUAUUCUAACGGAUACUGAUGGACUCUCGGAUACUCCGGAUACUACCCGAUACUC